CUACGAAACAGCUGACUAAGCACCCUAACAAAAACACAAGCACAAAAGACGCGCAAUUCUUAUGAUCCAGGCAAAAUUGAGGUUUUCAAGAUGAGCCUGGCAAGCGGCGACAAGGAAAAUGGAAAAGUCCAGUUUAGCUUCCCAGCGAGCUGGAAGGAUAACGCUCUUAUGCAGGUGCAGUUCGCUAUGUUCCGAUCACGACACCUGGACACCGAGGAUUACGACGCAAAAAUGAAAUUCUGGAAGGAUCUGAUUGCAGAGUACCUAAAGUUCAGUGGAAGACCCAUCUUCAGUCUGCGGGAUCUGCAACUGCAGUUCAUGCGUGGUGACCAACUACCCGCCUGUUUGGAUACCGUGAUUUCCGAGAUGCAGCAGAGAAAACAGAUCCGAUCUCGCAGUGAAUUCGAGCAUGAUCCGGCGGAUUCCUGGGGCGGCUGGCUGGUCAACAGCCUGGUGAAGCGUCCCCUCUCAUGGAGUUGGUCCAAGAUCAAGCACAGCGUGGUGGCGGAGGAUCUGGAGGCCUCUUCCUUAGUCGAGUGGAUUCACCUUGAUGUCUUAAACAACACUUGCGAACUGAUCACCGAAAAAGUCUUACGGGAAAACAGCGGAAAACUCCUGCAUUUCGAUGCGUUCAAAUCACUUUGUAAAUCUCAAGAAGUUCGCAUUUAUUCAGAUAAGGAUUUAUGUGUGUGUCUGUUGACCUUAAAUGUUCGUCAAAUUGUCGGUCUGGAAUUUCAGAUAGAAAAAGGGUUACGGCAAAUUCAUUUGGUCAAAAUACCAAAAAAACAGGGCGAUGAUCUUAAUAUCAGUCAGGAAGAUCAUGCCGUUCAUAAUCUUCAAAAUACUCAGGCCCAGUUACUCAAGCAGUUGGAAGACCUGGAGGAAGAAAUCAAGUUAAACGACGACAAAGCGCGUCAGUACUUAAAAGAAAACAAGCGGCAAAUGGCCAAAACAUAUCUGCGGAAAAGGCAUCUUCUAGAGAAGAAUCAUGAACGUCGCAGUAUUGCCCUGCACAACAUCGAGUCCCUUUUGUCCAGCGUGGAUGAGGCACAAAACAGUGGCGUUGUGCUCGAUGCCUACAAAAUCGGUUCCAAUACCUUAAAGAAAGUACUUUCGGAUUCCGGCUUGAAGUACGACAACGUCGACGAAGUUCUGGCCGAUGUGCGGGACACUCUAGAUCAGCAUCGGGAAGUCCAGGACGUGAUGUCCAACAGCGUCGUGGAGGACGUUAGCCAAGAGGAGGAUCAGCUCGAAAAGGAAUUGCGCGAACUGUGUGGCGAAUCAUCGCCAGCGGUGUUCAGUCCACUCAUUAAAAACAACGAAAAAGCGGAGGUUGUGAUCACGGACGAGGAGAUGAUUGCCAUGCUGCAAGCUCUAGAGGUUGAGGAUGGUACCGUUUCUCAAUCGAGUACCAGAACCGUAAAAGCCGUACAGGGGCUCUAAAUUUACUUUCUUUUUGUUUUGUGCUGAUAUAAGUGGCAUGUGAACUGUUUUGUUACGAAAGUUAAUAAAUUAAUUGUAGCAUUUUUAGUGAAAACAA